AUGAUCAGCACUAUCAGCGGAAGCCCCACUCUGGCCAGACCAUCUAACCGAUCGGUAAAGCAGUACGUACGGGCUGCGCACUACCCUCAAGUCUUCGGCAUAGACGCCGACCGGCAUCGCAAGGUUCCAAGGGUAGGGUGGGAGCCCAUCACGUUUUGCGAAGAGGAGGAAGAAGGGAUCCUUUACCCUCAUGACGACCCGAUGAUCAUUCGAGUUGAAAUCACUGAUUACGAUGUCGGAAGGGUACUGAUCGACAUUGGAAGCUCGGUAAAUGUGAUUUUUUCUGAUGCCUUCAGAGGAUUGGGAAUUGCCGACAGCAUGGUCAAUCAGCAAAUAACAUCUUUACUUAGUUUCUUCCGGGACCUGGUCCAGCCAGUCGGCAGUGUCAGGCUGCCCAUCGCCUUCGGUGUUGCCCCUCAGAAAACAGUGAUAUAUGACCAGUUCCUCAUCGUGGACUACCCAACGACACAACGUCAUCAUCGGACGAACGACACUUACCAGAAUCAAAGCUCACCUGUCCCCCCACAUAUUGUUGAUGAAGUUCCCAACCUGCAACGGUACUGGCAUUAUCCGAAGAGACCAACUCAGCGCGCGGACGUGCUAUGGGGCUAUCGAUCGGUAGCGGGCCAAUAG